AUGAACACCAUCAAAACAUUUUUCCUCCUGAUGAUGCUCACCGGAUUGCUGCUGCUCAUCGGAGCCUAUUUUGGCGGUGAGAUGGGCAUUAUCAUCGCUGUCGUAUUGGCCGUGAUGUUGAAUUUCGGGGCCUACUGGUUCAGCGACCGGAUUGCGCUCGGCAUGGCCCACGCCAAACAGAUUACCGCCGAGGAUGACCCCGAGUUGUUCGCUUUGGUCGCCGAACAGGCUCAAUUGGCCAAUAUGCCCAUGCCCAAGGUGUACGAAAUCGACACCGAUUCUCCAAACGCCUUCGCCACCGGACGCAACCCGCAGCACGCCACCGUCGCCGUAACCACGGGCAUUCGGCGCAUCCUGACUCGCGAAGAGUUGGCCGGCGUGAUUGCUCACGAAAUGGCCCACGUGGGCAAUCGCGACACCCUCAUCAUGGCCGUGGUCGCCACCAUCGCCGGAGCCAUCUCCAUGCUGGCGAUCAUGGCCCAGUUCGCCGCCAUCUUCGGCGGCAUGGGAGGGGGCGGACGCGACCGCGGCGGCAACAUCAUCAGCCUGCUUAUCAUCGCCAUCGUCAUGCCGCUGGCCGCCACCGUCAUCCGGAUGGCAAUCUCCCGCGCCCGCGAAUUUCAGGCCGACGCCACCGGAGCCCAUAACUGCGGCAAUCCGGAGGCCCUGGCGCGUGCGUUGGAGAAACUGGAGAUGGGUGCCGAGGUUCGCCCCAUGAAGGUCAAUGAAGCAGCGUCCCAUCUGUUCAUCGUCAACCCGCUGAGCGGGCGUUCCAUGGCUAAGCUAUUUUCCACGCACCCGCCAAUUGAAGAGCGGACCCGUCGCCUCCGCGAGAUGAAUAUCCGCCCCAACUUCUAG